UCACAAGCAUUUAUACCCACUAAAAUUAAUUUGGUCAUAGUUUACAAUUUCCGAUUGUUAUUUUAAUAAACGGUUUUUAAGAAUGUAGUUUAUUCUUAUCGUCACGGUUUUAACUAAGUUUUUACGUUAGGUAUUUUAUGUCGAUUAUAACAUGGAGGAAUACGGUAUAAUCAACUCAAUUAAGGUGGCUGUAGAUACUGUGAUAUUGGUUGGAUUAGCUAUUUAUCUGACGUGGCACUUCUGGAACAAACGUACACCUGGUGGCGCCCCAGGACCCCGAGGACUUCCCUUCAUUGGGGCAAUCACAUCCAUACGAAAACACCCCGAGCAUGCAAUGAUGAAAUGGAACCAACAAUAUGGUCCUGUUUGUAUGGUGAGGUUGGGGUUUAAAGAUAUCCUGCUAUUGGGGAGUUACGAAGCUGCUCAUGAAGCACUGGUUAAGAGUCCGGAUUUCGCAAACCGACCACCAGCUCAUUCCAUUGAAGUGAUCGCAGGAGGAAAGGGAAUAGUGAUGAUACCGUUCGGUCCUUUUCAUCAAGAGCAGAGAAGGUUUGGUCUAAAUGCACUACGAGAGCAUGGUAUGGGUCGAAGGGCAUUGGAACCUACAGUUCAUUUGUGUGCGCAAGAGCUAUGCGAAAGAAUUGAGGAGUAUGGAUCAAAACCAUUUAAUCUUGACAACGAGGUGUACCAGUCAGUGUCCAGCAUUAUUUCUCGACUCGUAUUUGGUCAUGAUGUCGUUCAAGAAAAUCUAGAAUUUCGUAAAAUGAUUUUCCAGAUGAUUGAACCGAAUAAAUUGAACAUUCUCGCAGGGAUUCUUGCGUUCGCCCCCUACCUCAAACACCUCCCGUUCUUCAGCGAAAUUCACAGAAAAAACAAAGAAUUUAGACUAAAAAUGGAGUCGUCGAUUCGUAAAGAAAUAGAAGAACAUAUGGAGACACGUGACCGAAAGGAACCACGUGACUACAUCGACAGUUUCUUAAACGAAAUGGAAAAAUCAAAUCAAGUACCAAAGGCAGAAGCAAUGACACCUACCGACGAGGACGAACCGAAUACAAAAAACGAAGAAUGGAAACAAUAUUCAUCUUUUACCCAGAACCAACUUAUUGCUAUGGUACGAGAUCUCUUUAUGGCGGGAACGGAUACUACGUCAUCGACCACAUGUUGGAUCAUUCUCUUCCUCUGUCGAUACCCGGAGGUUCAGAGGAAGAUGCAAGAAGAAGUGGAUCAAGUUCUUGGAUCAAAUGGAGUACCAAAGAUGGCACUUGCUGAGAAGAUGCCCUACACACGAGCUGUUAUUCAGGAGAUCGCAAGAAUGAGACCAACCUUGCCCCUUUCUGUUCCUCACUGUACUACACAAGACACAAUGAUGAUGGGAUACAAAAUUCCAAAGGACACCAUCGUACUAACUAACAUCUGGGGAAUUCACCAUGAUGAGAAACUGUGGAAAAACCCAUACGACUUUAAUCCGGAGAGGCAUCUUGAUUCAAAUGGCAACUUCGUGAAAUCAAGCAACAUAAUGCAGUUCAAUAUCGGUCUUCGAAGCUGCCUUGGUCAACAGCUUGCGAAAAUGGAGUUAUUUCUGCUGACCACAAGCUUGUGUCGUCACUUUUCGUUUUCUGUCGUAGGUGAGGUAGAUAUGGAAGGAGAGAGCAUGGUCACUUUAAGACCGUGUUCAAUGGAAGUGGUGGCAACAAAACGAGCAUAGGGGACAAAUGCAAAAAACAAGAAUUUCGAAGCAAAUUAUGCAAAACUACUGUUUGUGCUUUUCAAUGCAAUUAUUUUUGAAUUACUGUGAUAUUUAAACGCUGGUGAAUAUUUUCCGAUUUAAAAUCACCUGUAUAAAUUUAAUAAUCUGUUCCUUGCGUUUAAUCGUUUGAUAACUAUAUAUAUACACGCCGCCUUAUACACCUGAGCGAGUAGUUUGUAUUGUGUGUUAUAUCUUUGUUUGUUUUGAUUCUCAUGGAAAAAUAAACUUUAGUUGGAAAAAGCA